UGAGCGUGGUAGCUCCGCCCGCGCGGGCUACUCUAAUACUACAAACAGCAUCCAUAUAGUUUCCCGCGUUGUCUCUUGAGCUUCCUGUCGCCAAUAAGUCAAGCCGCGAAGAUGGCAAGUAUCGUGGACGUCCCAAAGCCCAGAAUUAACUGUUCUAUGCUGUCGCAGCACAUCAACCGACCGGUUUGCUUCGUUGGUCGAGUCGGACAGGUUCACCCCAAUGGGAAAACGUUCACCGUCUCCGAUGGAGAAGGAAACACCGCGACGGUAGAGCUGAACGAACCUCUUGACACGGAGCUGAGCGGCAUCGUGGAGGUCCUCGGUGUGGUCUCCAACAAAGGAUGCAUCAUGGCCACCAUGCACAACCUUCUGCAGGAGAACAAGGCCAUUCCCUUUGAUCUAGAGCUGUACAACCAAGCGCUGAAGGUCAUCCAUGAUUUCCCUCAGCACUACCCUUUCCAGAUGGCUGCCAGCGGCUGAUCCUGGCUCCUGGAGUUUGUGUUUGUAUGUUUCAUUGAUGUUGUGGAAAAACAUUUGUUCAAAGUAUUGCAAUAAAGUUUUUUGAAGUGA